AUGUCUAAAAUUGGAAUUUAUCUUCCAUUAUCAAAGGAAAAAAUACCAACUCGUGAACUUUCUGCACGAUUAAAAAAUUCAUUGCUCGAUUCAGUGAUCACUUGGUUUACUAAAGAAGCGAGCUAA